AUGGCGAUGCGCAGCAAUUUUUUGUGUAGGUUAGAGGUAUACAGGGGGCCUAAUGAAUGUACCCUCCGCUCAUUUAGUAUAGAGGAAGCUCCAAGUACUAUACUCGAGAUGGUUAACUUACUUAAAAGUUACGACCUUCGCCUGCAACAUGGUACCUUCGAGCUUACCGCUGCUCAUGGUCAGGAUGAAGCGCCCCGCAAGCUGCUCAGCGAUGAUGAUGUGGUGGCAUUCUUUUCAGUGCAUAGUUGCCCUUGUUUUGUGUUCACGGCGGUUAUAGAUCAUUGUGAUAGCGGCGUGGGAAGCUCAAUGCUGGUGGAUGACCCGCUCGUACUGUUAUCCAUUCAACACUCGGAUGGAGGGGUCCCAACUACGAAACGUUUUAUUCCCCCUCGUCGCGAGAUCUGGAAGGCUCUCUUGGUAGCGGUCCGUGGCGCUAUUCAGCAAGUUUUGUUGCCAGGACAGCAACUAACCUUGUUCUCCACUGAAGGCAACGGUAAGGCGUUGACUGAGAUAUGCAGCGAGGAGGCAGCUGCUCUACUUAUAAGAUCGUGUAUGGCGCAACGAAGCGUUUGCCAUCUUACAUAUAAUAUUGGCAGAGGCGACACCGGAGCCAAGGUGGUAGGAGCGACUCUAGCUGAAGUUGACAAGAAGGAAGAUAAAAACAAAGUUCCCAUAUCCACAAAGAACGAUAACGAUCAACUUCCCACUUGUGCGGUCGUUAACGCGCGUUCAAAAAAUAUGGACCAGAAUUUGCCCCCUGAACCAGCCAAGGCAGAAACUGUGAAACCAGUGGCAGUCCCUGAACCAGCCAAGGCAGAAACUGUGAAACCAGUGGCAGUCCCUGAACCAGCCAAGGCAGAAACUGUGAAACCAGUGGCAGUCCCUGAACCAGCCAAGGCAGAGACUGUGAAACCAGUGGCAGUCCCUGAACCAGCCAAGGCAGAGACUGUGAAACCAGUGGCAGUCCCUGAACCAGCCAAGGCAGAAACUGUGAAACCAGUGGCAGUCCCUGAACCAGCCAAGGCAGAGACUGUGAAACCAGUGGCAGUCCCUGAACCAGCCAAGGCAGAAACUGUGAAACCAGUGGCAGUCCCUGAACCAGCCAAGGCAGAAACUGUGAAACCAGUGGCAGUCCCUGAACCAGCCAAGGCAGAAACUGUGAAACCAGUGGCAGUCCCUGAACCAGCCAAGGCAGAAACUGUGAAACCAGUGGCAGUCCCUGAACCAGCCAAGGCAGAAACUGUGAAACCAGUGGCAGUCCCUGAACCAGCCAAGGCAGAAACUGUGAAACCAGUGGCAGUCCCUGAACCAGCCAAGGCAGAGACUGUGAAACCAGUGGCAGUCCCUGAACCAGCCAAGGCAGAAACUGUGAAACCAGUGGCAGUCCCUGAACCAGCCAAGGCAGAGACUGUGAAACCAGUGGCAGUCCCUGAACCAGCCAAGGCAGAGACUGUGAAACCAGUGGCAGUCCCUGAACCAGCCAAGGCAGAAAUUGUGGAGAAGCCAAAUUUAUCAUUGGCCGUGAGUGUAUUUCUAAAAGACCGGGAUCCGAAUGCCUUCGCUAUGAAGAAAUCCCCUGCUUUACGGGACAGUGAAAUAGGAUCAGGAAGAUUACUGGAACCGCUUUUUACGAAGGAUGUUUUGGUUGGGGAGGGAAAUGCUGCUUCGCGUCCGUGGAAUAAUGCGAAAGUUCUCCCUACUGGGUUUAAGGGCGGGGAUGGGGAUGCAGUGACGGCAAAAAAUGGCAAGGGAGCCGAUGAAUCACCAUUGACUUCAAAAAACGCAACGGAAUGUAUCAGCGGGAAGAAAAAUUGCUCCGAUGUUGAGGAGGAGCUUCCUAACGAGGUAGUGGUUGAGGUCGCGUGUUCAUUGGAAAAGAAGGCUCCUGUUCGCUUUUUUUUAACGUGGAAGAAAGCGUCACCAAAGGUGUUUGAGUCAUUCCGGAACGAAUGCCUGAACGCCCUUCAUUUAACUGAUAUGGACAACAUAAUUAUUUAUGAUAGUAAUGGUGUUCCGUUAUGCAACCCCAGUGGCGUUACUGCAAUGGUGGGGGAGGCAAUAAGGAAGAAACGCAGCUGUAUUAACGUUACUGCGGUAAGGGGUCACCCUUGUACGAGUGGUCUUCCCUUGCAAUGUCUCUUCACAUGGGGGACACAACAGGUAAUGCGGGCAUUGGUACUUCGUCCAGGCUGUGCAUUGGAGGACAUGCGCUCUGCCCUUGCGGAAGAAUGUGGGUUGAAGGAAAAAGAUAUGGGUGAGUUGAGUUUUCGCCUUGUGGAAAGGGGGGAAUUAGAUGACAUGGAGUUAACGCCCGACAAUGUAUACAAGGAACUGAAGAGGGUUGCCGAAAACAGCUGUGUUGUGCGUAUCGCGAUUCUGGACAGGCGCCGUACAUCAUUGAUAGCUUUCGUUGUUCGAACUUUAUGUGACGCCGCGUCCGCAUUUGCUGCUGAAGUUGAGCACGUAUUUGGUGGUCACUUUACAGAAAUGGAUGUGGUACCAAUAUUAACAAGGUGCUGUGACUUGUCCCCGUUAGAGGGUGAUGUAAAACGAUAUGUUGACGCGGUUAUUUCGAAUUUGGAGGGUUCACAGGUUCUGAGAAGUGACAAUGUGGUAAAAGCUGUGUUGGAUCCAGUGUCGAUUUGCGGCGAAGAAGUUGCGCUAUCAUUUUUGAAUCGCUGCAUUGCAGUGACUGAGCUCAUGUCGUCUCAUCGACCCUUUGAGGUGCUGAUGCGAUUCUUUCGCCGCCUCUAUAGAUCUAUCGAGUAUCCAGAGAGGACAGAAAGUGGUGUUCCCCUCAAUGUUGUCACACGGCAACUCGCCUAUGCCGGGUUAUCUGACGCUAGGUGGUUGUUGUUUCGCGACCAGCCCUUUUCAUCAGUAGUACAUGAGAAGGAUUUUGUUGAAAUGUUGCAACGAGUCUAUGCGGGAAACCCCAGCUUAGUGUGCCGGGUUGCCGUCGCAUGUCGACUCUCCGGAAUCAGCAGCCUAAAAAGUCGUCGUGUGAUGGCAAAGGAGGAGCGAGAUGUUCGACGACAGCAUUGCCGUAAGGAGAUCGCACACGCGUUUGACGGUAUCCGACCUGAUGAAGUGAUGGCUUAUAUUCAUCAUUAUAGAUUGCAUGGAAAGCCUAAUCACUGUUGCCUUUUAGGUACGGUGAGCACUCUGCUUGCCAACUGCUCGGAGAGACUGUCGUCCCAAUGGUUUGUUGAACGUGUCACACAGAGAUGCUCCGUAACGAUGGAGACAAUGCUGCAAAAUUUCGAGGACGCACAGAUUCCUCUUCCUUUAUUAUAUCAACUUUGUUGGGACGUUCUUCGGCCUGAACUCCAUCACCUCACUCUCUUACCUGAGUCACAUGUGGCUAGUGCAUUUGCAUAUUGGGCAAUGUUUGCUGUUCAAUUGCUUUGCAUUAACCGCAAUUUAGAGUUCCCACCCGUUCCACUUGUGGACUUAAAAGAAUUUACGUGGGUUGUUCCAGAGAAGGCCUCCGCAGAUACCGUUACGGAUGAGGCGGACGGUGCCGUUGCUAUUGCCCUUCCAACCCCACAACCUGCAGGUGUGGCGAAGAAAAAGAUCAAAUACAAGUACAGUUAUCUCUGCCACGACCUGCGGCGAGAUCAGCGCUUCUUACCAAUGAUACGGUAG